AUGGCUGUCGAAUGUGUGAUAAAAAAUGCAACGAAAACAAUUGGAGAAGGCCCCCAUUGGGAUGACAUGACAAGUACACUUCUCUAUGUGGAUAUACAUGAAAACAGUAUCCAUAGAUUUAAUCCAGAGACAAAUGUUGCUGAUAAAAUAAAACUGGAGGACACUGUAGGAUUUGUGGUACCCGCCAGGAAAGGUGGCCUGAUAGCUGGCGUUGGUUGUUGUCUGGUACAUGUAGACUGGGACACAAAGAGAGUAACCAAAUUACACGAGGUGGAUAAAAAGACACGCUUUAAUGACGGAAAAUGUGACCCGAGAGGAAGAGUCUGGACUGGAACAUAUGGACCAAUUUAUCCUGACGUCGAGAAUAUGCCUAAAAUUGGUAGCCUGUAUUGUCUUGACCUAGACGGCAGUCUGCGCACAAUGGUGAAAGAUGUUGGUAUCUCUAACGGUCUUGCUUGGACCAGUGACGAAAAAACAAUGUACUACAUAGACUCGACACCACGAAAAAUAUAUGGCUAUGAUUAUGACGUAACUACAGGAAAGAUUUCUAAUCAGAAAGUGAUUGUAGACAACGCUGGAAAACCAUUACCAGACUUCGGUUUUCCUGACGGAAUGACCAUUGAUACUGAGGGUAAACUAUGGGUAGCAUGCUUCUUAGCCAGUAAAGUUGUUCGAUAUGACCCACAGACAGGUCAACAACUGCAGACUGUCAACUUUCCUGCUCACAGAAUAACUUCAUGUUGUUUUGGCGGGAGGAAUUUGGAUGAACUUUACGUCACAUGUUCCGCUCAUGAGGUCUCCGAGGAAGAGUUUCAGAAAUACCCAUUAACGGGUUCUGUUUUCAGAGUUAAAGGCCUUGGUGUGAAAGGUUUUAAGGCACAGAUCUAUCAAGGAGAAAUCAUAGAGGGUUAA